AAAGUAGGGGAAAGGAGAGCCAUCAGACUCUGCCGAGGUGCCGACUCGAAGAGCGAGAAGAAGGAAGCAACGACGAUCAGCAUCGCAGCUCGAGUUUGUAGUGCACGCGCGGAGAGUAGCCUCGAAAAAUCCAAGCCAAAGGUCGCGAGAGAUCCGCGUGCAUCGUCCAGCCAGACACGCACAGCAGUCCCCAACUUGCAGUGCCUUCUCGACUCUUGGGCGAAUCUUUCUUCCGGCCGCCGCCGACAAGUCGCGCUCUUCCUACUACUCUCUCUCACUCUCGUCGAGCCAACAAGGAGGUAAGAAAUGGCACCCAGGAAGACGACCAAGAGAACAGAUGCAGAGGCUGCGGAACCUGCAGCAGCAGUCACCGAUAAUAAUGAUGUCUCUGCUGCCAAGAAGAAGAAGAAGGAGGUAACCGAGGAACCAGUCACCAGGGAAGCGAGGUUACCAAGGGCAGCUAAAAGCAAACCCAAGCCAGAACCUGAGCCUGCACCAGCUAAGGCUGCUCCAAAACAAAAGGCUGCGGCCAAAAAAGGAGAGCAAGCUGAAAAGAAAGCUGCGGGCAAGAAAAAUGCCAAGAAAGCUCCUGAAGCCGAGGUAGAGGAGGAAGAAGUAGCUGAGGAGGAGGAGGAAGAGGUCCAGGAGAAGCCAGCAGCCAAGAAGGGAAGGGGAAAAGCUGCAAAGAAAGCUGAUACCCCAGAAUCAGAUGAAGCUGAAAAGCCAGCAGAAGAAAAGACUUCCCCGGUAGCCAAGAAAGGAAAGGGACGAGGUGCCAAAGCAGAAGCUGCUCCUAAGAAGGGCAGGGGUAAGAAGGAAGUGGAAAGUGAUGCCGGAGCUUCUGAUGCUGAUAACAAGAGCGAUACUAAAGAAGAAGCUGCAGAUGCUGAAGAAGAGGCGACGAAAGAAAACGGCGUUGAAUCGGAAACGCUAGCAGCAGAAAACGGCAAAGAAGCGACGCCAGAAGAGAGUGUCGAAACUAAACCGGCGGCGGCGAAGAAAGGAAAGGGUAAGGCGCCAGCCAAAAAAGGCAAAGCCGCAGCUAAAUCAAAAGCUGCAGAAGCGACGAACGGAAAUGAAGAGACGAACGAGCCUGAGGCCGUAACCGCUCAAAGCGAUUAGGAUAAGAAAUUUUAAUUUACACUUUUAAACUUGUAUUAUUUUUAUUAUUUAAACCGUGUUACGAGAAAGGUGUUGAUUUCACGAGUGUCCUAUAACGAUAAUUAAUGUAAUACAAAAAAUUCUUUAAUUUUUAUGAUUUCCAAUCGAUCACUAAUACAAGCUUGUACUGUAAAGAUAUAGGACAAAACGGUAAGGAACAUAUUUUUGAAUACUGUACAUGCGUGUAAAAGUUGUCUUCGGUAAAUGUAAUUACUUCUAGUUCAUAGAAUACAAUGUUUUGUACUUUUAAAAUACCAGAACAAACCGUUUAUUAAAAUAAAAAAAUUUAUUUGAUUCCAAUUGAAA